AUGUCAGUCUCUUCACAACAAGGUGUCCAAAAAAGUCUUCGUGAGCUUUCCGUCUCAUUCAUAUCGACAUCAUCAACAUCACCAUCUUUAUUUUCUCUUCAAAUAGGGUCUCCUUUAACCAAUGAAACCCUCAACAAUUUUAUUAAGUCUCCAACAGGUGAUUAUUUCUUCUACGAAAUGCUCUAUGAAUUUGUUGACAUUUUAAAUGCCAACAAAGGCCUCUUUUUUACUCGCCCAUUCAACACUCUUCGCCUCAAAUUUUAUUGCACUGAACUGACAUCCCCGUCACCCUGUGUCAUUCCCGAGUGGGUCACACUUGAAAAUGUUGCAGAAGGGACUCCCAAGUACAUUUUUACUCAAGACGAAUUUGAAACAAAAGUGAUUCGAACAGAAAUGGAUGAAUUGUAUGAGUCUUUCAUUACUUCACUCAAAACACUCCAUACCACUCAUACUUCAAUCCCAAGAAUAUUUUUAGUCCGCCACGCUAUUCGAGUCGAUUACAUGGACUUAACGUGGGUCCCUAAUGCUAAAUAUGAACACGACCCUCCCCUUCACGCAGAUGGCGUUGCGCAAUCGCGCGACGUCUCGCAUCGUCUGCGCCACGAGAAGUUCGACUUGAUCAUUUCGUCGCCGUUUUUCCGCGCGACGGAGACCGCGCGAUAUAUUGCGGCGGAACAAAAGCAACCGUUUGGGAUCGAGAACGGCGUCGCGGAGUUCAUUUCUGUGCGCAAUCGGGUGAAGCUCCCCGAGUUUGAUCCCGCGCGGUGCUUAGACGAGUUUUACGAUAGAAAUUACGUUCCCGUCGAGAAGGAAAUGUCGCUCGAGACCUGGGAAGGAAUGGCGGAACGAGUGACAACCACUUUAUAUGAAUUAUCGAAGAGGUAUAACCGCAUUUGUGUCGUUACUCAUCGUUCCACAGAACAAUCCCUCUUCAGUAAGAUCUUAGGAAAACUCACAAAGCAAAACUACGCUUUCACAUCCGUCUGUACUCUCCUCCCUCUCACUCAAAAGCCUUACUUCAAAUUAGAAAGAAUAGACUCUCACCACCAUUUGAAUAUACUCACUCAACCCCCAGCUCAUAACCCAAACUACGCACUCCAGGGUGUCUAUAAGGAUAUGAUCAGGGGAAAGGAUGGAAAAAUACUCGCCUCCGUCGAGUGGUAA